CCAGCUCACGGGGAGAUCGCCACCCUGACAGGCGGUUUGGGAAACAGCACUGCUGUCACAGAAGGAAUUCGCCGCGGCAAGGUGGUCCGGCACAGCCGUCGGGAGAUCCAGACCGGGGCCCGAGCCCACGGAGAGCCCCCGGCCCCCGCCACCAUUGCGCCCAAAAGUGAGGAGGAUUUGCUGGCCCUGGCCGCGUCACGGCUGAGCCGCCGCAAGCGGGUGGCAGGCGCAGCCGUCGGGGUGGCCAUGGUGCUGCUGCUGCUGGUAGCCAUCCCGCUACUGGUGCACAGCUCUCGCGGACCAACACACUAUGAGAUGCUAGGUCGCUGUCGCAUGGUGUGUGACCCCCACGCAUCUCGAGGCCAAGGCCCCGACGGCGCGCCCGCCUCGGUGCCUUCCUUACCUCCAGGUGCCAAGGGAGAGGUGGGGCGGCGAGGGAAGGCAGGCCUGCGGGGGCCACCAGGACCCCCAGGUCCCAGAGGGCCCCCUGGAGAGCCAGGCAGGCCAGGUCCCCCAGGUCCUCCUGGCCCAGGCCCUGGAGGGGCAGCGCCCCCUGCCGGCUAUGUACCCCGAAUUGCCUUCUAUGCGGGUCUAAGGCGGCCUCACGAGGGUUAUGAAGUGUUGCGCUUUGACGACGUGGUGACCAACGUGGGCAACGCUUACGAGGCAGCCAGUGGCAAGUUCACCUGUCCCAUGCCAGGAGUCUAUUUCUUCGCUUACCAUGUGCUCAUGCGAGGCGGUGACGGUACCAGCAUGUGGGCCGAUCUGAUGAAGAACGGACAGGUCCGGGCCAGCGCCAUUGCUCAGGAUGCGGAUCAAAACUACGACUAUGCCAGCAACAGCGUCAUUCUGCACCUAGACGUGGGUGAUGAGGUCUUCAUCAAGCUGGAUGGCGGGAAGGUGCACGGCGGGAACACCAAUAAGUACAGCACGUUCUCGGGAUUCAUCAUCUACCCCGACUGAGCCCAGCACCGUACUCUCACGUUCGUUCGCUCGCCCCCUCGACCCCUCGCUCUAAUCCGCACCCACCU